AUGGCCACCCGAAUAAUGCAACCUGCACGAGCAACCACCACCACGACGACAGCCUCCAGCAGAGAUCCAUUGUUUGAUGUUGAUCAUGCCAUGAACCCAUAUCGAUUAUCAGGGAGCAGCACACUUGCUCUAGCCGAAUUUUUAGCAUCCACAGGUCCUGAAGAAUUCGCAAACCGUGCCUCUAUGAUUCAUCAUCAUUCAUCCAACAACGAUGACGAUGAUUACAGCAAUCAUCGCAAGAAACAAUUGAGUCUAUUUCGCAAGUUUCGUAGUAGUAGUAAUAAUAGGCGUCAAGGAUCAUCAUCAACAUCCAAUCCACCACCACCACAACAACAACAACCAGCUAUUUCCAGUUUGAGUGAUAUUGUAGUGGAUCAUUACCAUCAUCGAAUGCCUACCAGGAGAAAAGCAAAUACACCACUGCUAGCACGUAGUGGCAGUGGACAACGUUUAGCACCACCCACACCGGCAUCUACUUUGGCAGGGGCCAAGCACAUCCCCCUAUUGCCUGCAUCUUAUGAGCCCAUGCUGAGAGAUUCAGGUGUUUACAGUGUUGGCAGCAGCACACACCAUUCAUCAUCCUCAUCCUCAUCGGAACAUCCAAAGGCGGAUAAUAUGCAACCGUGCACGUCCACUACUAGUGCUACUACGACGACUUCACCGAUCCAGGAUGAUCUGCAAUUAUUCCCUAUGCCACCACCCUCCGUACCCUCCCCACGCAUGUCAACCCUUUCUUCUUGUUCCAAACAACAAAAACGGCAUUCCAUUUUCAAAUCAACCACAACCACCACUCGUAGUAGUAGUAGUAGCAGUAAGAAUGAUACAACAUGCCCUCAUUGUCGACAACAUGUGACCACCAACAUGGAGGUUGAAGAACGUAAAAGACGCCGGUCGUCGUGUCCACCUGCCCUGGCUGGCGGUUUCAACAUGGAUGGGAGCAAGUUACUUGAACGCAUUGCACAACUUGAAGCCAUGUUGAUGCAAGAACGGCUUUCUCGAAAACAAUUGGAGGACUUGGUAAAGCAACAUUUGCAGCAAAAGGAUGGCAGCAACACAUGA